AUGAAUGGUCCACGCGUUUCUCUCGCCUCUACAUUUUUUCGUAUCUAUAUCUAUCUACCUAUUUAUCUAUCUAUCUAUCUAUUUUCGUUUAUUCGUAUCUAUCUCCUAUUUUUAUAUUUAUCUCUCUACGUUUAUUCGUAUCUAUCUAUUUCGUGUUUAUAUCACUUCGUUCAUUCUUAUCUAUCUAUCUAUCUAUCUAUCUAUCUAUCUAUCUAUCUAUCUAUCUAUCUAUUUUCGUUUAUUCGUAUCUAUCUCCUAUUUAUAUUUAUCUAUCUACGUUUUAUUCGUAUCUAUAUAUCUCCUGUUUAUCUAUCAGCGUUUAUCCAUAUCUAUCUAUCUAUCUUUAUUCGUCUAUACGUUUGUUCCUAUCUCUCUCUAUACGUUUGUUCCUAUCUAUUUACGUUUAUUCGUACUUCUAUCUCAUAUUUAUCCACGUUUCUUUCUAUCUAUCUAUCUAUCUAUCUAUCUAUCUAUCUAUCUAUCUCCUGUUUAUAG